CAUUCCAAUGAACAAAAAUUCCAUGCGAAAAUCUGACCCAACAAAAAAAAAAAAAUCGAAAAAGCACUGAGCUUUUCCAAAAAAUUUCAACGGACCCUUCACUCUAAAUUUCUAAGGAAAAACUCUCCUUGAAACCUUUGCAAAUUUCUUGUCUUUCCCUUUAUUUUUUGUUGCAAAGGCACCAAAGGGUGGUGGGUUCCGCUUCUGCAUUGCCUAUUUUGCAGCCUAAAUAAGAUUAUAUACAAUAUAUUUAUGUUUCUAUAUAUAUAUAAACAUAAUAUCCAAUUUUUAUCUGUGAAGAUAGAAUAUUUAUGUAGUUAUAUGUAUACACAUUUUUGUAUACGUUUCAAUUCUGUGUUUUUAGCUCUGAAACAUUGAAGAAAAAACCACAGGGCUUUUUUGUGGCAUAUUCUUGAAUGCAUUGAGAUCAAAAGGUGUAUCAGAUGAGAUGAAAAAGGCCAAAAUAUGGGAUUGGAAGAUUGAUUUUACAAUCAAUGGGCGUGGGAAUAAGGGUCAGUUCUGUAUUUGUGUUUCUUUGUGUUUGGGCAGCCACUAGCUCAGAAGGGAAUCAGAAGCUUAAUUUGGGUGAAGAUACGGCCGAGCAAAUAUGGAGUCAUUGCAUACAAGGAUCACAAAAGAAUACAGAAGCUGCAAGUUUUCUGGAUUUAUCUCUUCAUCAGGAAGCAACAGGAACCUAUAUCUACUUAAAAUCAGAUAUAGCAUUGUUGAGAAAAAUAAUCUUACAAAAGGCUAUUAGUGAUCUGACUCCUGAAAAUAAGCAGAUCCUUUUGGAGUGCUUAAGAAGGAAAAGUCUUCCUCUUCAUUGUUCGGGUAGUAAGGCUACGUCCAUUGCUUGGUUAAGCAAGUACCAAGAGCUUUUCUUACAAUGGUCCAGUGUUCCCAGAAGGUACCUAAGAGAAAGAAAACUUCAAGAGAAGCUAACACCUGAUGUUGCGGUUCCAGUUGUCGCUCCAUCUCCAGGCGACAGGGCAGUAUCACCAAUUAAUGCUCCAGUGCCAGCGCCCACGAGCUCACCAAUUAAACCUCCUGCAAAGGCUCCGACACCUCAGACUCGUGUCAGUCCUCCUGCAAAAGCACCGGCACCUCAGACUCGUGUCAACCCUCCUGCAAAGGCUCCAACACCUCAGACUCGUGCUAACGCUUCUAAACCUUUGCCUGUCAUUCCUCCUCCCGCUAAACCACAAAAUACUGGAACAAAUCCUACAGAAAAUAACCGGAAGGACAGUACUUAUAUUAUCGCUGCUGUUUCUGUAGGUGCUGUGGCAGGAAUUGCCCUUUUGGUUCUCUUAUUAAUAUUGUGUCUUAGAAAAAGUAAAAAGAAAGAAGCAGGUCCACAAUAUGGGCUAAGAGAUGAGAAGCCCCUUCUUAACUUUUGUUCAGAUUCUUCUCAGAAGUCUUCGAGCAUAGGAAGUUCAACCCAGAAAGAUUUCAAGGCAUCAUCUACUGUAAAUAGUCUUUCGGUGCCGGAUAAUUCUUCAGAGGCUGAAGCUAAAACAGAUGCACUUGUAACUGCAUUACCACUUCCUCCAGGAAAAUCUGUACCUCCAUCCCCUGCACCACCACCUCCUCCUCCUAAACCACCUGCUCCAAAGCCACCUCCGCCUCCAAAAGCUGCUCGCCCUCCUCCUCCUAAUCCACCAAAGCCUGGUAAUCUGCCAAAGCCUUCACCUCUUGGAGCGCAUAAGAGACGAAAUUCUUCUGCUGGUAAGGAAACUGAAUUGUCUGAUGAAUCUGAUGCUCCAAAGGCAAAACUAAAGCCAUUUUUCUGGGACAAAGUUCUUGCUAAUCCUGAUCACUCAAUGGUUUGGCAUGAUAUCAAAGCUGGCUCAUUCCAAUUUAAUGAGGAGAUGAUGGAGUCGUUAUUCGGAUAUGCCCAAGCUAAUCCAGGCAAAAAUGAGGGCACAAAAGCUUCAGCAUCUUUUGAAGCUACCCCACAGUAUAUUCAGAUAAUUGAUGCUAAGAAAUCACAAAAUCUAGCAAUUAUUCUUAAAGCCUUAAAUGUGACAACAGAAGAAGUUUGUGAUGCUCUCAAAGAGGGUAAUAAACUGCCUCCUGAACUUAUUCAAACUAUAUCAAAGAUGGCACCAACGGCAGAUGAAGAACUCAAGCUUCGGUUAUAUUGUGGGGAAAUUUCUCAGCUUGGUCCUUCUGAAAGGUUUCUCAAGUCCCUGGUUGAAAUUCCCUUUGCCUUCAAACGGAUGGAAGCGUUAUUGCUCAUGAGUACUCUUCCGGAAGAUGUUUCUGCCAUUAAAGAGUCCUUUGCAACUUUAGAGGUGGCAUGCCAGGAGCUGAGAAACAGCAGACUCUUCCUGAAACUUCUAGAAGCAGUUCUCAAAACUGGGAACCGCAUGAAUGAUGGAACCUACCGUGGUGGUGCACAGGCAUUCAAGCUCGAUACGCUGCUGAAACUCUCAGAUGUUAAAGGAACUGAUGGUAAGACCACACUCCUCAACUUUGUUGUUCAGGAAAUUAUCCGAUCAGAAGGAUUAAAAGCAGUGUGCAAGUUAAGGGAGAGCGAAAGCUUAUCGAGUGUGAAAACAGAAGAUCUUGUCGAGGAUGCUUCUCAGGACUCGGUGGAGUACCACCGUAACCUUGGUCUCCAGGUGGUUUCUGGUCUAAGCAAUGAGCUUGAGAAUGUAAAAAAAGCAGCACUUAUAGAUGGUGACAACUUAAGUUCAUCUGUCUCCAGACUUGGUAACUCACUAGUGAAAACUAAAGGGUUUCUAGACACUGAAAUGAAAAGUUUGGAGGAAGGUAGUAAGUUUCGUGAUACGCUCACCAAUUUUAUGCAACAUGCGGAAGAGGAGAUCAAUUGGAUACUAGAAGAAGAGAAAAAGAUAAUGGCUUUGGUCAAGAGUACAGGAGACUACUUCCAUGGAAGUGCUGGAAAGGAUGAAGGCUUGCGUCUGUUCACAGUUGUUCGUGAUUUCUUGAUAAUGGUGGACAAGGCAUGUACAGUGGUGAGAAAAUCAACUAAGUUGGCGGCAAACACUCCUAGAAAAGGGGCACCCACGGUAUCACCUUCCCAGGAAUCCAAUUCAGAUUCUUUGCCAGAUGUUCAUCAACGACUAUUUCCUGCAAUCCAGGAGAGACGGAUGGAUGAGGAUUUUAGUUCUGAUGAUGAGAAAUCAUCCCCAUAGCUAUCGGUUCAGGUAUAUUUGUGAUUAGAAUACUUGUAAACCCCUCUAAUAGUACACAAGUGACAUUCCAUUGAACUGCGGGAGAGAGUACAAGGCUUCUUACUUUUGCUUUGAUACAUUGGGGGCAGAACAAUUUGGAGCUAAUCUGGCUGGAUAAUAAUCUUCGGAAUCUUAUAUUUAACAGCUAUAUGAAGCAGGAUGGUCUACCUCUUAACAACUAUAUGAAGUUGGCAUUUGCUCUGACGCUCUGUCUCUUAGAUCCCUUGAAGGAGAAAGAAUAGAUGAACUAAGAUGCCUCAUUUGUUGCCAUUCUCUUCAAGAAACAUCCAUACACUUCUCAACAUUUUGUUGGUCACAUUGUUGCAAUAUAAAUCCAACUAUAUCAUUCUGUUCUGUGAUAUAGUAAAAGUCUCUUCUACAUUAUUAUAAAUUCUUCUAAUAUGAAGUUGAGAGACCUAAGGAAGAUGGACCAGUUUUGUACAGCUUGUGGUUUUUAGUUUUUAUUUCAGUUCCAACUUCUUUUUC